AUGUGGCCCCAGGGCUUGCAGCUCCUCUGCUUCUCCUGGCUGCAGCCCAACCUGGUGUUUUUCCUCCCACCCCUCCAGAAAAUUGAACCAGAAGUGGACAAGUUCCUGCGGGAGCUCCGCGAGCGCGUGAAGAUUGGCGUGGUGGGAGGCUCUGACUACUCCAAGAUAGCCGAGCAGCUGGGCGAGGGUGAUGAAGUCAUCAAUAAAUUUGACUACGUCUUUGCUGAGAAUGGUACCGUGCAAUACAAGAACGGGCAGCUGGUCUCCAAGCAGGCCAUUCAGGACCACCUGGGAGAAGAACUGCUGCAGGAUCUCAUCAACUUCUGUCUCAACUACAUAGCGCUGCUGAAGCUGCCCAAGAAACGAGGGAACUUCAUUGAGUUUCGCAACGGGAUGCUGAACAUCUCCCCCAUCGGUCGGAGCUGCACCCCAGAGGAGCGAAUCGAGUUCUCCGAGUUGGACAAGAAAGAGCGGAUCCGGGAGAAGUUUGUGGCAGCUCUGCAGAGGGAGUUUGCUGGCAAAGGCCUGCGCUUCUCUCGAGGCGGCAUGAUCAGCUUCGACGUCUUCCCAGAGGGCUGGGACAAGCGCUACUGCCUCAACGUGCUUGACGACGAGCGCUUUGACACCAUCCACUUCUUUGGGAACGAGACCACCCCUGGAGGGAACGAUUAUGAAAUCUAUGACGAUCCCCGAACGGUGGGACACAGUGUCCAGUCCCCUCAGGACACCGUCCAGCGAUGCCGUGAAAUCUUCUUUCCAGAGAGAGCUAAUGAGUGCUGACGGGGAGAUCCCUGCAGCCCUUCCCUGCCACUCUCUUCCCCCAUGAGGAAAAGCACCUUCACUUGAGAAACCUGCUCAGGGUAGACUG